AUGAUUAUAUCUCUGUGUUUCUCUGGAACUAUUACGUACAGCAUGGAGCUGUACCCAACUAGCGUUAGAGGAACGCUUCUUGGCUUGGGAGCAUUCGGCGCUCGAUUAGCAACGAUGAUUUCAACAAUCACUCCAAUAUUGAACACAAUAUCGGAGGGUCUACCAACUAUGUUCUUCGGUGGUUUAGCAAUUAUAUCGAGUGGGCUUCUUAUUCUGGUACCAGAAACCAAACACUUACCACUUUUUGACACUAUCGAGCAACUUGGGACAACAAUCCAGCAACAACUGUACGAAUCGAAUCUUUUCAAAAACGAACCUUUGAAAAAGAUUGGAUCAAAAAGAGAUGGCAUCGUAAAUCGGUACAAAAUUUUUACUGAUAAUUUUGUCAAUACUUGCGGCUAUCUUCUUGAAAGCAUAUAA